UGCUGUACACACAGAGGGGGCACCAGUGCCAGUCAACUUUCCCUGCCGGCACCCCAUCUGAGGGGGAGGAGAACACCUCCCCUCUCCCCACUACAGGAAUUUGUUUGCCUUCCCUCCUCCUCGCCUGCUGAUUGAUGCCACUUCCUAAUUGACUCAAGUGUCACCACAUUAGCCCUAACAGUGACCGUCCGUCGCCAGAGAUCCUUGCAGCCAUGUCUUCUCUCGCAAAUGAUAUAAGCAAAGCAAUGUCUGGUGGAGGGAUGGCUCAGUUCCAAGAAGCCAUCAGACUGGAGCUGGAGGAAGCCAUGAAGGUGGACCUGGAGAAAAUCCUGUCUACAGCACCUGAGUCGGAAUUAGAGCAUACCAAGAAAGACUUGGAAGGCUUCCAGGAGUUGUUUCAUCGGUUCUUGCAAGAGAAAGGCCCUUCUGUUGAUUGGGGAAAGAUCCAGAGACCCCCAGAGGAUUCAAUUCAGCCAUACGAGAAGAUAAAGGCCAGAGGCCUACCAGAUAACAUCUCAUCUGUCCUCAACAAGCUGGUCGUCGUCAAGCUUAAUGGAGGUUUGGGAACCAGCAUGGGCUGUAAGGGCCCGAAAAGUCUGAUAGGAGUUCGGAAUGAGAACACCUUCCUCGAUCUUACUGUGAAACAAAUAGAGCACUUGAACAAAACUUACAACACCAAUGUCCCUCUUGUGUUGAUGAAUUCCUUCAAUACUGAUGAGGACACCAAGAAAAUCGUGCAGAAGUACAGCCACUGUCGGGUGAAGAUCUACACUUUCAAUCAGAGCAGGUACCCAAGAGUAAAUAAGGAAUCCUUAUUACCGAUAGCCAAGGACUUGUCCUAUUCAGUGGAGAAUGCUGAAGCCUGGUACCCUCCUGGUCACGGUGAUAUCUAUGCCAGCUUUUACAAUUCAGGACUGUUGAACACACUCAUAGAUGAAGGAAAAGAAUACAUUUUUGUCUCUAAUAUUGAUAAUCUUGGUGCUACAGUAGACCUCUACAUCCUCAACCACCUUACUAAUCCACCAAAUGGAAAACGCUGUGAGUUUGUCAUGGAGGUUACAGACAAGACCAGGGCAGAUGUCAAGGGUGGUACGCUCACUCAGUAUGAAGGGAAGCUGCGGCUGGUGGAAAUUGCUCAGGUGCCCAAGCCGCACGUGGACGAGUUUAAAUCUGUGUCAAAAUUUAAGAUCUUCAACACAAAUAAUUUAUGGAUAUCCUUGUCUGCAAUCAAGAGACUGCAAGAAGCCAACUCCAUUGACAUGGAGAUCAUAGUUAAUCCCAAGACCCUGGAUGGAGGUUUGAAUGUCAUCCAGCUGGAGACCGCUGUGGGAGCUGCUAUUAAGAGCUUUGAGAAUUCGUUGGGCAUCAAUGUUCCUCGAAGCCGUUUCCUGCCUGUGAAAACCACAUCUGAUCUGCUUCUGGUCAUGUCCAACCUGUACAGCCUUAAUGCUGGUUCACUGACCAUGAGCGAGAAGAGGGAAUUCCCCAGCGUGCCCCUCGUCAAACUGGGAAGCUCAUUCACCAAGGUACAUGACUACUUGACGAGGUUUGAGAACAUACCAGAUAUGCUGGAGCUGGAUCAUCUCACCGUCUCAGGAGACGUGACCUUUGGAAAGAACGUGGUACUGAAGGGCACAGUAAUAAUCAUUGCAAACCACGGUGACCGGAUUGACAUCCCCCCUGGAGCAGUAUUAGAAAACAAAAUAGUGUCUGGAAACCUUCGGAUCCUGGAUCACUGAGCCCCUUUUUACACAUGAUGUACAGAACAUAUUAAUAACUCUGAUCUGAACUCUGCAGUCUCCGCUCUUCUGUCAGUAUUGUAGCUGUCUGUGUUCACUGUAGUCUUUAUUUAAAAGCCCAGCUAAUAUUUGGAAGCAAUAAAUAAAAUAUUUAGUAAUGUAAUAAAAGAGAUAUACCCUGGUAAUGUGCAAUACUGUCCUGAAUUGUUAAAAAUAAAGGGACAAAUCUAA